AGCUGGGUUGAAAUCCAAGCAGACAGCCGGCAGGCAGGGAGGCUGAGGUAGAUUUUUCCACUACAACGCAGGAGUCAGUCAACCAUACAGCUUGUAUGUUUUAUAAACCCUUCGUCAUUUUAUCGUACAUAUUUUUCAUGCUGUUUUGGGGGGGGGGAGGGGUAAUCCAAAUUUAAAUUCAGAGGUCUGAGAGAAGAAUCUACAAAGCUUGAUAGAUACCCAAGCGAGCUAAUCUCCUGCUAGUUUCUGCCCGCUGUAGUUGCUGUUAGCUGGUAGAUGAAUUUAAUAUAUAUAUAUAUUUAACAUUAAAGCCGUUCAGACUGCCACCGUGUGAAGACUUUUGGGGAACAAUGAUGGACUUCGUCGCUGGCUGCAUAGGAGGUGCUGCUGGUGUUCUAAUAGGACAUCCUUUUGACACUGUGAAGGUCAGGCUUCAAGUGCAAAAUGCGCACAAGCCUCUGUACAGGGGAACGUUUCACUGUUUCCGCUCAAUCAUACGGCAGGAAUCGAUUUUUGGUCUGUACAAAGGCAUUGGUUCUCCUAUGAUGGGCCUGACUUUCAUCAACGCCAUUGUCUUUGGUGUGCAAGGCAACACAAUGCGUCUGCUGGGAAAGGACACUCCUACAAACCAGUUCCUAGCAGGAGCAGCUGCUGGAACCAUCCAGUGUGUUAUUUGUUGUCCAAUGGAGCUGGCCAAGACGCGUAUGCAGAUGCAAGGUACUGGUGAAAAGAAGUCCACUCGCAAGGUGUACAAAAACUCGUUGGACUGUCUGGCCCGGAUCUACCAGCGUGAGGGCAUGCGGGGCGUCAACAGGGGCAUGGUGAGCACCCUCAUUCGUGAGACACCUGCCUUCGGAGUGUACUUCCUGGUCUACGAUGUGCUCACGCGCUCAUUAGGCUGUGAGCCGGAUAACUCGUACAUGAUCCCUAAAUUAAUGUUCGCUGGUGGUAUGUCAGGCAUUGCGUCAUGGCUUUCUACAUAUCCUGUAGAUGUGAUUAAGUCUCGGCUGCAGGCAGAUGGUGUUGGGGGCAACUUCCAGUACAGCGGUAUCAUAGAUUGCACACGCAAGAGCUUGGAGCAAGAGGGAUGGCGUGUGUUUACGAGAGGCCUUACAUCAACUCUGCUCCGAGCUUUUCCCGUCAACGCAGCUACUUUCGCUACCGUAACGCUCUUCCUCAUGUACGUACGGCGGGACGAAGCGCCCAAAGAUUGCGAAGCCGACCCGCAGCACCAUGCUGCAUUACAACAGCAACCACAGCCUACCAGCAUGUAACGGCGUCCGUUCUCAGUGUGUAUGCCGGAGCUGAGCUGCAUCUUCCUUCCUUCUAAAGAAAUAAUUAACGCAGCAUAAAACUGCAUUUGCAUAUAUAUAUAUUUUUUUAUUUUAUGGUGUGAAGUAGAAGGGUUCUUAACAAAGGAUAUUUGACUGUAUGUACCUAUAAGAAUAUUUUUCUUCCUUAUAUGAAUACCAGUCGGUAAGAAUCUGACUUAAUACUACUGUCUAGAACGAGGGUGGGCAAUCUUAUCCGGAAAUCGCCGGUGUGGGUGCAGGUUUUCAUUCCACCCACGCAGAAACCACACCUGAUUCCACGCGUUUAAUCAGUUGCUCAUGAAUUUCAAUAGAUUCAGGUGGGGCUUCUGCUUGGUUGGAAUGCAAACCUGCACCCACACCGACCCUUUCCGGAUAAGAUUGCCCACCCCCUGCUCUAGAACCACUGUCCUUCACACUGCGUAAGUGUGAGUACUGCUACUGAUGCUGAUAUUGCACAAAGCAACGAAGAGGCAGCAACUACUGUAGUGAAAGAAAUCCACCACAUCCUGUUACUGAAUACAUUACCAUAAAUGGUAAUGAAUUAAAAUGUAAAAACUACUUCUUGAGGUAAAGUAGUUCAUAAAUAAAUGUGAAAUACAGAUGGAAAAGUGCACUUUAGGGUACAUUCUUACUUAUGAAAUCUAGCAGAAAUGUUGGUUAGUAACUAGAACAUAGGCUUGUACAAUCCAGUGUCUCUUCUUUCCAUAGUUUAAAACUGCUAAUACAUUUUCUCACGUUCCCAAAUUUCCAUUCUGUCUAUGUGCACUGUACCUACUCUAGUACUCCUGCUAGUUUAUAAGUAAUGAUACUUAAAAAAAAAAUAAUAAUGUUGGAUUAGUUAGAAAUGACUACCUUUUAGAAAAGGUAGAAAGCUGUAGAAACUCACCAUGAACCAACUUCUGUGAUUUCAUGCAUGUGAACGAGAAGGAUUUCUGAAGAAUCUGUCAUUAAGAAUCUGUAUCUUUUCCAUGUAACAAAUUGCACAGACUUUCUUUACUAUUCAAAAUGGAUGCAGGUUUUUUUUUUUGUUUUUUUUUUUUAUAUUCUGUAUUAUUUGUACUUGAGACUUCUGAUCUCUUUAGAUAAUCAUGGUCACUAUGGUAACAACACAUUUUUUUUUUCCAAUCAGUACAACAUUGUGAUGCUCUGUUUUAGAAGAACAUGUUUUGUCUGAUCUAACUGAAGUAUGAUGUUUGCCUCAGUACUACUGUCCAAAAUGAUUUUAUUUCUUACAUUGUGUAUAUACAUAAAUCCUUAUCCAAAGCUGUGGGAACUGUGUGCGUGAGUCAGUGGGGUUUGUAGGAUUGGAGACGGUUUGAGACAAACUCGGACUUUCUGUUUACAAUGUUUGUACUCGUAUUUAAACCCAGUCCUGGCAGUUCGUGGAACAUGCACUGUGGUGGGUUAUUUACAAAGUCUACUGUAAAGUGUGAACUCUCUCAUUAGGUCAUGACUUGUAUGCUGUACUUCGUGUACAAAUGAUGUAUUCCAUUAAAAUUUGAGUUUUAAAAAGUGAA